CAAUUAAUUGAUACUUCAAUGAAAACUGAACCGUAACAUACUUCAAUUGAUAAAUUCGGUUAAUAAGUGUUGCUUGUGAUAGAAACAAACCAAAAUUAUGGCUGGAAUGUUCACCUACGAGCCGAAAUAUGAAAGUGAAGAUGACGAAGAAAUUAUAAAUGAAUUAAACAUAGACGAUGAGCUGGACGGUGCAGCCGGUUUAACGCUAAAUGGUGAACGAGCUGCAGCAUCACCGCCUGAAACUGAAUGGUAUCAUGGAAGAUUGGACAGAUACAGCGCAGAACAACGUCUGAAAACUGCUUACAAACUUGGAAGUUACUUAGUUCGAGAGAGUGAUCGUAAGCCAGGAAGCUAUGUAUUAAGCUAUUUAGGCAAGACAGGAAUCAAUCACUUCCGCAUUGCUGCUGUUUGUGGAGACUUUUACAUCGGUGGUCGUCAAUUCUUUUCACUUAGCGAUCUUGUAGCUUAUUAUUCAAGUAGCGAUUUAUUGAAGCGUGAACGUCUUAUUUAUCCAAUCGCACCACCAGAACCAGUCAAUGAUAAGAAAAGAGUCGUGGCGAUUCUCCCAUACACCAAAAUGCCUGACAUUUCUGAUGAGUUGAGCUUUCAAAAAGGCGACAUUUUCUUCGUUCACAAUGACAUGGGCGAUAAUUGGCUUUGGGUGACACGUCAUAAAACAGGCGAACAAGGAAUGAUUUUCAGAGAAUUGGUUGAAGAUCUCGACCCAGCAAUUGAUCCGAACACAGUUUUCUCAUGGUUUCAUCCAAACGUCACUAAAAAUGAAGCUGUCGACAUGUUGGUGAAAGCUGGGCCUGGAAGUUUUCUUGUUCGUCCCAGUGACAAUUCUCCUGGUGAUUAUUCUCUCUUCUUUCAUAUAAACAAUCAAAUUCAAAGGUUUAGAAUCGAAAAGAAAGGCGUUCGCUAUUUAAUGGGUGGAAGGACUUUUGAAUGUCUUGAUGCUGUUAUUAAUCGAUAUCGAAAGGAACAAAUUGUCGAAGGUUACACACUUCAGAAUCCCGUCGCAAAUGGAGGUCAACCAGAGUUUCAACAACCAUCAGCAGCAUCUGCUGCAGCUGAGAAAAUUUAUGCAACUUUACGUGAAUGUCGCGAUCAGAAUAUUUUGAAGAAGAUUAAAGGAAUUAAAAUGCAAGGAUAUUUAUCAAAGAAGUCGGAAAAGACUGGAAAGUGGAAGCAACUUUACUUUGCCCUUAUUAAUGAAGGAACUGAAACUCAAUUAUUCUUCUAUGACUCACCGAAGAAGACGAAGCCAAAAGGACUUAUCGACUUGUCAUGCGCUUAUUUGUAUCAAGUUCACGAAUCACUUUGGGAUCGUCCGUUUUGCUUUCAAAUAGCUGAACGAGCUUUACCAUGUUUAGCAACAAUUUCGCAUUUAUGUGACAAGUCAAAUGAAUCAUAUCUUCAAUGGAUUAGUGUAUUGAAGCAACAUUGUCGCGCACAAUUCAGUCGAGCACAGUCAAAAGUUCCACGUUUACGCGAACUUCGUUGUCUCAAUCUUCAAGUGCUUGAAGCUCAUCGUUUACCUUUCAAGUUUGUGCCACAUUGCUACGUCUCAAUAUCACUCAAUCAAAUUAAAAUCGCAAAAACAAAAGUUAAGACAACACCUGACCCAAUAUUUGAAGAAGAAUUUGUUGUCGAUGAUUUACCAGUUGAUAUUGCAACACUUAACUUGACCUUAGUGUCACGUGGAAAGAAGAAUAAAGAUUCGGAUGUUGCUGAAUUAACGAUUGAUCUUGCUAGUCUUAAAAAUGGUUCAGAAACAGAAAAUUGGUAUGACUGGAUAGGGAUGACACCGAUUGGUGAGUGGGGUUCUCUUCGUCUGAGAAUUCGAUACAUGGAUGAUUUGGUGAUGCCAUCAGAAGAAUAUUCGCCGCUUCAAGAACUUCUUUUGGAGAAUGAAUUUUAUCCAGUUAGAGCAUUGUCUGAUCUUUGCCAUACAAAUCGAAUACCAUUAGCAUCUUCGCUUUUGAAAAUCUUCCGUGCUGAACGAAAAGAAUGCGAUUUAAUUAAAACGCUUUGUCAAGGGGAAAUUGCACGAGAAAAUGAUGUGUCGACGCUUUUCCGAGCGACUUCAUUGUCAACAACUUUAAUGGAUAUUUACAUGAGAGCUGAAAGCGGUCUUUUCCUUAAGUCAGCGUUAUCUGAUCUCAUUCAUAAACUACUCGAGAGUAAACAAUCAGCAGAACUUAAUCCUACAAAAAUGGAAGUAAACGACGACGCUUGUACAAAUGCAGAAUUUUUGCUUGCCGUACUCGAUCAAAUUACUCAAUCAAUCUUUACGUCGAUCGAAGCAUGUCCGAAAACAAUUCGUUACAUUUGUCAUUGUCUUCAAAAAACAGUUGUAGCGAAAUGGCCUGGUGAACGUCUUGUCAGAACACGAGUUGUUUCAGGAUUUAUUUUCUUGCGUCUUCUUUGUCCGGCUUUAUUAAAUCCAAGGCAGUUUGGCCUCGUACAAGAACAACCACAUCAGAUGGCUACAAGAUCACUCAUUAUGGUGGCAAAAUGUUUACAGAAUCUUGCAAACCUCGUGGAGUUUGGUGGAAAAGGUGAAUUACCAUCAUUUCAGGAAGGUUACAUGGAAGUCGUUAAUCCGUUUAUAUUAAAGAACAAGGAACGAAUGAUUGUGUUUCUCGAUCAAUUAUCAAGCAUAACUGAUCCAUAUAGUCAGACCAGUGGAAUGGACAUGUGCAAUAAUUCAGCUUCAACAAACAAUUCAGAUAUUGGUCCUGAAUUGGCAACAUUGCAUCACAUUUGUGGAUCACACCUCUCUGAACUUCAAAACAUGUCGAAAGCUAACAAUUCAAUUAAAAAGCUGGUCACAGUCACGGAAAUGUUGUCAAAGCACAAACUUAAAUAUUUGGAAAUGAUUCAAAAACAAGUUAAAGAACAAAAAAUGAGUUAUUUGAGAACAAAUUUGUUUUACGCUAUACUUGCAGAUAAGAAAGAUUUGGUCUUAGAAAUAUUAAAUAAUGAAAGUAUUGAUGUUAAUAAAACUGACAAUCAUAACUUCACAGCACUUCAUCACGCGGUUAUCAAAGGUAAUCCUGAAGUUUGUGAACUCUUGCUGGAUCAUGAGCGUUUCGAUAGCUUAGUGAAAACUUAUGAAGGUUGUUCUGCCCUCAUGAUCGCCAUUUUAGCAAAUGUACCACUAGAAGUCAUUGAAUUGUUGGUUCGAAAGUAUCCGAUUUAUGUUACAAUGAAGAACAAUGAAGAAGUGACACCGCUACACGAGGCUGUUAAAAAUCAAAGGCUUGAUAUUGUGAAAGUAUUGCUGCAGUAUGGAGCAAAUGUCAAUGACUUCGAUUUGGAUCUUGAAAAUGCUCUUCACUUAGCAGCAUCUAACAGUGAUUUCGAUAUGAUCGACUUUCUUUUAAAAGAAACUGAAGUAGAUUCACGUGCUAGGAAUCGCGAUGAGAUGAAUCCAUUAUGUCUUCUCAUCGUAAGAUCUCGAAAUGAAAAUCAAGAUUUGGUCAUUCGUUGCUUCUUCACAAUGCUUGAACACACUUACGAUAAAAAUCCUGUGACUGGAACAUAUGCAAUUAGUGACAUCUUUCAAUGUGCUUUUCUAGCAUGCGUUUAUUCACGUACUGAAAUCGUCAAAUAUUUAAUUCACAAUGUUUACAAUAUCUGCAAUACGAAAUAUGAUUUCAUUCGGAAGCUUACUGAAUAUUGGAUUGACGACACUGACGAGUUUCUGUAUUAUGUUCUCGUGUUUCUUCAUGAUGACAUUGAUCGAUACGAUAAAUAUAGUUUCACAAGAUUUGCAGAAAUUAAUUACUUCAUGUGCAUUCGCUCUGUGAUUCAUGUCAUCAAUAUGUUGUUGCCAGCUUAUGAUGCCGUUGAACUAACUGUCAGUGUACUUCAGCAUUUGAAGUCAAUUGGAUUUAACAUUCGAGUGAAGGAAUUCGAAGAUCAAGUCGGGGCACUUCUUCACACAAAAUAUUCCUUUGAGGCUAUUCCCGACAAUGAUUUACAAAAAAUUGAUGGUAUUAUUCAAUAUUUAUAUUUUAAUCAAUUCAAGACAAAUCUCAUGAUCAAAAGUUUUUUACAUUCAAUUGCAAUUGAGAAAAAUGUUGAAGGCAUUAACACAGAAACAGCUAAGAAAAUUGUUAAGUUACUUAUUCGUUAUGCACCAUCAUUCUUUGAUUAUAGCGACAACGACAAUUGGAAGCAAAUUAAUGAUUUUAAGAAUUUAAACCCACAAAUUAAACUUGUUGUUGAAUGGAUGGUGACAAAUUAUGGAAACCUCAAUCUGAAUACAUUUCUUGACAUUCACUUCGUUUUUCCAUUAAAACAUUUCUGCCGCAAUGUGAUAAGAGAUCAGCUGAGACAAGAUAAGAUGUCAUUACACAACAUUGAAUGUUUAAGAACUUUAGGUCUACCUGAAAUAUUGAUAAAUUAUCUCGUGUUCAAAGAGUAAAAAAUAAAAUAUUUAAUAAAGAAAAAUUUCUUCAAAC